AAGACGAGCCUAGUGUAGCUCAGUGGAGGAGGCAGUAGUAGUAGAUAUUGUAGAGAGUAAGUAAUAGUAGUUAUAUUAGACACCAAACAGGAGCUCUGGAUCCAGAACAUCCUCUCCAGUGUAUUGGAAGGCAGCCCAUGGUGAUGGCGUCGUCCCAGAUGAGGAAGCGGGGCGGCGGCCCGGAGAAGAGGGGUGGCCCAGAGCCGGUGCCAAGAAUGCAGCCUGCCAUGAUGAUGUUCUCCAGUAAGUACUGGUCCCGGCGGGGACUCUCUCUGGACUCGGCCAUGUUCGACCAGCAUAAACAGCACCAUACCGGGGGACAGAUGUCGCGCCGGCCCUCCUUCUGUCCGAUAGAUGAGAACCCGACCGACAAAGAGAUCAGGGAGAGCAGGGAGUCAGGGAAGACGGCUGUUGUUUUCUCUCUGAAGAACGAGGUGGGCUGCCUGGUCAAAGCCCUACGCCUUUUUCAGGAGAAGCAUGUGAACCUGGCUCACAUUGAGUCGCGGAUGUCCAAGCGCAUCGCUACAGAGGUGGAGAUCUACGCUGACUGCAGCUGCAGCAAGAAGGAGUUUAACGAGCUGCUGGAGCACCUCAAAGACCACGUCAACAUCAUCUCCUUCAACACACCCCAAAACCAGUGGUCUACAGAAGCAGAUGGGGAGGGAGUUCCUUGGUUCCCUCAGAAGAUCGCAGAGCUCGACCAGUGUUCUCACAGAGUGCUGAUGUACGGAUCAGAGCUUGAUGCAGAUCACCCAGGCUUCAAAGAUAACGUAUACCGCCAGAGGAGGAAGUACUUCGUGGAAAUGGCCAUGAAUUACAAAUAUGGCCAGCCUAUCCCCCACACUGAGUACACCCCAGAGGAGGUGAGGACCUGGGGCGUGGUGUACAGGGAGCUCACCAAGCUCUACCCCUCACACGCCUGCAGAGAGUACCUGAAGAACCUCCCCCUGCUCACGAAGCAUUGUGGGUAUCGGGAGGACAACAUCCCCCAACUCGAGGACGUGUCCCUGUUCUUGAAAGAGAGGUCUGGGUUCACAGUGAGGCCUGUGGCAGGAUACCUGUCUCCUCGGGACUUCCUGGCCGGUCUGGCUUACCGGGUGUUUAACUGCACUCAAUAUGUCCGCCACAGCACCGACCCCCUCUACACACCUGAACCGGACACGUGUCAUGAGCUGCUGGGUCAUGUUCCGCUCCUGGCCGACCCCAAGUUCGCCCAGUUCUCCCAGGAGAUAGGCCUGGCAUCUCUAGGGGCAUCUGACGAGGACGUACAGAAACUAGCCACAUGUUAUUUCUUCACCAUUGAGUUUGGCCUGUGCAAACAAGACGGCCAGCUGAGGGCCUAUGGUGCAGGCUUGCUGUCAUCUAUUGGAGAGCUGAAGCAUGCCCUGUCUGACAAAGCCUCAGUGAAGAUGUUUGACCCUGGGACCACCUGCUACCAGGAGUGCCUCAUCACAACUUUCCAGGAGGUCUACUUCGUCUCUGACAGCUUUGAAGAGGCCAAAGAGAAGAUGAGGGAGUUUGCUAAGACGAUCAAGAGGCCAUUCUCAGUGUACUACAACCCCUACACCCAGAGCAUAGACCUGCUGAAGGACACGAGGAGCAUCGAGAACGUGGUGCAGGACCUUCGCAGUGACCUCACCACCGUGUGUGACGCCCUGGGCAAGAUGAACACAUACCUGGGAAUAUAGCAGUUGCGUAUCUUGGUCAUGUACUUAUCUUGAAUAUAUAAUGUUGCUUAUCUUGUUGAAUAUAACAUCUUUGUGGAAAUGAAACAGACUUGACCUGUACAGCUCACAGAUAUCUCUUAAAAUAAAAAUAAAUAAAAUAGUAAAUGUUAUGCUUAAAACAUAAAUUAAAUGGUUGAAGUGAAAUGAAAAAGAAAUCAGAUUUAUUUUCCACUUAGAGCUUAUUGUAUAGAGCAGGGGUAUUCAACUCUUACCCUACGAGGUCCGGAGCCUGCUGGUUUUCUGUUAUACCUGAUAAUGAAUUGCA